CUUUCAUCCCCUUGCUUCGCUUUCUUCACGUACAUUUGGGCGGGGAGCUUGAACACGUGGCGGAAGAUAGAUGUAUAUGAUUGGUUCGACGAGCACGUAGCUUCCACCACACUGUCAGCUUGGGGCUGAAUGUCUCCAACGGCCGGUACUUGCCACAUGAGCCCCGGCACGGUCAUUCCCUCAACGGAUUUCAGAGAAGCAGCACCGAUCCCGCCUUGCUGCCACACCGACCGUUACUUGCAGCGAUGAAGACCACCCUUAUCACCAGUGCGAUCGCGUUGAGCCUCGUGCUCGUUUGCUGCCAAGCCCACGUGGUGAUCAACGGCGGUCGGGUCGGUGGAGGCUCCUACGGCUGCAACUGCGCCACACUCAAUUUCAUGACAGCCAGGAGGUGUUGCGCUACUGUGGGCACCUGCUGUAGGUUGGGAGGCGGACUGGGAUUGGCUGGCGGUUUGCCCUACGGAGGACUCGGUGGAUACGGCGGUGGACUGGGAGGCUACGGUGGAGGACUCGGAGGAUACGGCCCUGGGCUCGGAGGAUACGGCGGAGGUCUCGGCGGUUAUCGAGGCGGCCUGAACGUCAACCUCGGCGGUGGCCUCUUCUAA